AUUGUCAUUGUCAAUACUGUCAUCGAAUAAUGCAAUUUGUUCGAAAUCGAAAUUUCGUCGAAACGAGGAAAUACACGAUUUUUGCUAGUAUUAAUAAGCCGGUGCGAACAAAAACCACGUAAAUAGGGAUAUAAAAUCUUGAAUUAACCAUAAAAUAUAUUUAUCCAUUCAUCAUACCGCUAAUCGUGAGUGUUCACUUGGAUUUGUGGAGUCCGGGUAUGGCGGAUCAGUCGUCAGUUCUGGCUUUGUUGAUACUGGCAGUCGGGGUGACCGUGCACUUCUCGCUGCACAAAGUGGAAGAAGGUCAUGUAGGCGUCUAUUACCGGGGAGGGGCGUUACUUCCGGUGACCAGUCAGCCUGGCUUCCAUAUGAUGAUCCCACUAUUAACAUCAUACAAAGCUAUACAGACCACUCUUCAGACCGACGAAGUGAAGAAUGUACCAUGCGGUACCAGUGGUGGUGUUAUGAUAUACUUUGAGCGGAUCGAAGUUGUAAACAAACUCGAGCCCAUUAGUGUGCUAGACAUGGUGCGUAACUUCACCGCGGACUACGAUAAGACGCUGAUAUUCAACAAGGUGCACCACGAACUGAAUCAGUUCUGUAGCGCUCACACACUGCAUGAAGUUUAUAUUGAUCUGUUUGAUCAAAUCGAUGAGAAUUUACGAACUGCGCUACAAAGAGAUUUAAACGAAAUGGCGCCUGGACUACGGGUGCAGGCAGUCAGAGUAACGAAACCAAAGAUACCUGAGACCAUCCGUAAGAACUAUGAGCUUAUGGAGGCUGAGAAGUCUAAACUUCUUAUUGCUGCACAACAUCAGAAGGUUGUUGAGAAGGAGGCAGAGACAGCAAGGCGCAAGGCCGUCAUCGAAGCGGAAAAAGAGGCGCAAGUGGCGAAAAUUCAAUAUGAACAGAAAAUUAUGGAGAAGGAAUCUUUGCAGAAGAUUGAACUCAUUGAGGACAGCAUUCACAAAGCCAAACAGCAAACCAAAGCUGAGGCAGACUUCUAUCAUCUGCAGAAACAGGCUGAGGCUAACAAACUGCUGUUGACAAGAGAGUACUUAGAAUUGAAGAGAUACGAGGCUCUCGCACUUAACAAUAAGAUAUACUUUGGCAAUGACAUUCCCAACAUGUUCCUGCAGGCAACUGUUGGUGACAGUGUACCAGUUCCUAUACCCAAGGGUGUCAAAGUUGAAUGAGUGUUAAUUACUUUACAAAACCUGCUAGUCACAGAAUAGGGGUGAAAGGCCAGCGAGACUGCAUCAGUGAUGUGAUAUACCUCAAGGACUCUUUAGCCUGAACAUUGAUGAGUUCCUAGCAGGAGAUUGUUGAAACAUGUACAUCACUGUUUCAAAUGAUAGAUUAGUACAGUUUGCUUUCAAGUGUUGUUAUGAAAUGCAUGCCUGCUGACAGGGCCAAGAUUGUACAUCAUGUACUUGAAGAUUCUCAGGCUUUCUUGGCCCAAAGUAUCUUACCAUUUGGUGACAAUUUUGAAGUUAGGUGCCCUAAUCUCAGAGUAUUGUGUGGUUGUUUAAAUAAGAGUGCAAUACAGUUUUGUUUUCAUGAAUUGUGAUAUUUUUACUAAAUGUUUAAAAGACACUAUGUAGUAGGUGUGAAUAAAUUAGGAUUUUUUACAGUGAAUGAAAUGCAUCACAUUGGCUGCACUCAGUUUAUUUGACUGACUUUUAUUUCUGUGUUAUAUUUUGUAUGUACAUAGCUUUUUUAUUGUGUAAUAAAAGUAAUAAUAUGUGGAAAAAAA